CAUAUUGGGGGAUCCACCGCCUCGCGCGACUUUAAUUUAAUACGAAGUACAUCCGCUCUCCUGCCCUACCAAGAUAUCGGAUUUCGAGGCUCAAAUCGCGAGCUAGGGCACUUUCCAUUUUCUUCGCCUGUUAGGAAAUUUCCACAUAUUCUCUCCUCUCCGACGCCACUCGAUUAAGCAACAUGGCGGCGGCGGGGUUUCAGAGAGGAGGAGGUGCUCGGCGAGCUAUGGAGGAGGACGACGCCAAGCUCGUCUUUGAGACUUCCAAAGGCGUGGAGCCAAUCACGAGCUUCGACGAGAUGGGAAUAAAGGACGAUCUCCUUAGAGGGAUUUACAACUACGGUUUCGAGAAGCCUUCUGCCAUUCAGCAGCGUGCUGUUCUUCCGAUUAUCUCCGGACGUGAUGUCAUCGCUCAGGCGCAGUCUGGUACCGGGAAGACUUCCAUGAUUGCACUCGCUGUUUGUCAAAUUGUCGACACCAAGUCUUCAGAAGUCCAAGCCUUGAUAUUGUCACCUACAAGGGAGUUGGCUGCCCAGACAGAGAAAGUAAUAUUGGCAAUUGGUGACUAUAUAAAUGUACAAGCUCAUGCUUGCAUAGGUGGCAAAAGCGUGGGCGAGGAUAUAAGAAAACUGGAGCAUGGAGUUCAUGUGGUAUCAGGCACUCCUGGAAGAGUUUGUGACAUGAUCAAGAGGAGAACUUUACGAACUAGAUCAAUCAAAUUAUUAGUUCUGGAUGAAUCUGAUGAAAUGUUGAGCAGAGGGUUCAAGGACCAGAUUUAUGAUGUUUACAGAUAUCUUCCUCCAGAACUUCAGGUUGUCUUAAUCUCCGCUACCCUCCCAAAUGAAAUAUUGGAGAUGACUAGCAAAUUCAUGACUGAUCCGGUUCGUAUCCUUGUAAAGCGUGAUGAAUUGACCCUCGAGGGCAUCAAGCAAUUCUUUGUCGCUGUAGAGAGAGAAGAAUGGAAAUUUGAUACUCUGUGUGAUCUAUAUGAUACCCUUACAAUUACCCAGGCCGUUAUCUUUUGUAACACAAAGCGGAAGGUGGAUUGGCUUACAGCAAAGAUGCGUGAGAAUAACUUUACUGUCUCGUCUAUGCAUGGAGAUAUGCCGCAAAAGGAGCGUGAUGCAAUUAUGGGAGAGUUUCGAUCUGGCCAGACGCGGGUUCUUAUCACAACAGAUGUGUGGGCUAGGGUAUCCCUGGUGAUUAAUUAUGAUCUUCCUAACAAUCGAGAACUUUACAUUCAUCGCAUCGGACGAUCUGGUCGUUUUGGGAGAAAGGGUGUCGCAAUAAAUUUUGUCAAAAGUGAUGACAUCAAAAUCCUUAGAGAUAUUGAGCAGUACUACAGUACGCAGAUUGAUGAAAUGCCAAUGAACGUGGCCGAUCUGAUUUAGCUUCUCUUUGAUGGUACAAUUGGCUGAACUUUAAUAUUGUGUAAAAUACUGAAUGUGCCGGAGAUGGCAGUUAUGGUGCGUGGUUGAAUUAGGCCUCUCUCUGGGGUACGUCUUCACAGGAAGAAGCGGGUGAAGGGAGUGCUGGUUUUUAUGUUCAGCAUGAUGUAGUUUAGUGGAUUGGGGUCACUGUACUAUAUUUCAAUGGAUUGGUGGAGAGCUACUUCUUUUACACUGGCUUCGUUUGUUAGGUGCUGAUGGAAUUUGCUGGUCUGAAUGUUCCCUACCAUUGACGUAUAGUUAUUUGAUCGAAAUUUAGUUGAUUGUAAGUGCUGGUUUUUCUUUUGAAAUCCGUGUAUGGCCGUAUUUUGCUGCUCUCUUUUUGUUGGUUUCCCUUCUUUGGCUUGAUGAGACCGUUGUGAGAAACACCUCCAUGUUCAUAUGAGAUUAUAAAUUUAUUAGA